AUGUCAUUUUUGACAUAUGGAUCUCAGAUAUUGUUUCAUUACUUGGAGCCUGGCCCCUUGGGUAGGAAGGAGAUGGUGGUUUUUAAUAUGUGUGCGGGGGCGAUGAUGUGGUGUUAUUUUCGGACUUGUCAUGUUGAUCCCGGGGAGAAGGGUUGGGUUGAUCGGGUGAUGAUUGAUGGGGUUGAGAAGGAGAAUCUUGGGAAGGUCGUUCGGGAGGGCCAAGGUGAAGAGAUUGAGGAAAAGAAUGUGAGGUGGUGUAAGAAGUGUGAUGCAGUGAAGCCGCCUAGGGCUCAUCAUUGUAAAAGAUGUAAACGUUGCAUCCCGAAAAUGGAUCAUCAUUGCCCAUGGACUAACAAUUGCGUCUCUCACACUACAUUCCCUCACUUUGUCCGCUUCCUCUUCUAUUCCGUCGUCUCCAUCAUAGUCCUCAGCACCUUCCUCUUCACGCGUCUCUCCUACGUCAUCUCCGAAAGCACUCUCCCAUCCUACCUGGGACCCUCUACUACAUCCCUCACUAUGCUCUUCAUAAUCUUCUGUUCCAACGGACUCUCCCUCUUCGCCAUGUCCCUCCUCCUUAUGCGCACCAUCUACUCCCUCGCUACAAACACAUACAUGAUCGAAGCCUGGGAGAUCGAACGCCACGAUGCGAUUAUCGAACGCUCAAAGACGCGCAAUAUGCGGGGUUAUGUAUAUGCGAACGGGGGACGGAAAGUGCGAGUCGAGAAGGUAGAAUUUCCAUUCGAUAUAGGGAUUUGGGAGAACAUUGUACAAGCGAUGGGAACGGCGAAUAUCUUGAUGUGGUUUAAUCCCUUUGCGGGAGGACCAAGUGUACAGAGUGCGGGAAAAUGGGAAGAAAAUGGUUUCAAUGAUAAAGAAGGCAUGUGGCCACCUCCAGAUCCGGAUAAGUUGGGAAGGAGAGCAGGAUGUCAUGGAGUGGAAACAUAUCCGCUGGAGGAGAAAGUAUACGGGAGUGUAGAAGAAGAAAGAGAUGCUUUUAGAAAGAGACAAGAAGCCGAUUUGAAACGAUGGAAGAAAGAUCAUCUAAAUACCGCGAGUAACGGUGGAGAUGGAUUCUAUGAAGAAGACGACGAUGAGGAUGAGGAUGAGGAUGAGGAUGAGAAAUACGUGAGUGAGUACGAAGAGGGACUUGAUGGAAAAGAAGGAUGGACAAAUUCCGAGGGUGAUAGAUUGAGGGAUUACGGGGUAGAUGAAGAAGUAGAUAUUAUGGAUGAGGAUGAUAUACCAUUAGGAGAAUUAUUACGACGACGUAAAGCAAGGAAUUUUGAAUCGGCUUAG